AUUCGUCUGUAUAGUAGCCGUAGGAUUUCGUUCAUUUUUGUUGUGAUACUACAAAAAAAAUUAGGAUUUUACUAUUUCUUUUAUUUUUUAUUUUUCAGUUAGCGUCAUUUCUAUUUAAUCAUACGGCUAGGUACGAUCGGUUCGCUGAGCUGUAGACAGUUUUAAACAUUCGUAACAAUAAUGGCAACGACUACAAAUACAGUGGUUAUUCCACGAAAUUUUAGACUGUUGGAAGAAUUGGAACAAGGACAGAAAGGUGUUGGCGAUGGUACAAUUAGUUGGGGUUUAGAAAAAGACGAUGAUAUGACUUUAACCCAUUGGACAGGAAUGAUUAUUGGGCCACCUAGGACACCUUAUGAAAAUCGAAUGUAUAGUUUAAAAGUAGAAUGUGGUCCUAGGUAUCCAGAUGACGCACCUGUUGCUCGUUUUGUUACACGUAUCAAUAUGACUUGCGUACAUAAUUCUACUGGAUUGGUGGAUAACAGGCAAGUUCCCGUAUUAGCGAGAUGGCAACGAGAUUACACUAUCAAGACUGUCUUACAAGAACUUCGGCGGUUAAUGACUCUUAAGGACAACAUGAAAAUGUCUCAACCGCCAGAGGGUAGCACAUUCUAGCCAUCGCCGCUGUCUGAACCAUGGAAUAGCUUGUACCUUGCGCCUCGCUACCAGCCAACAGUCGCUCCACCGGUCCCACCAACACAGCCGAUGCAAGCAAUACAACAACAACAACAACAACAGCAACAACCACCACAACCACAACAACAACAACAUCAGCGCCGAUUUUUUGGCCGCUGUCUGAUGAUUAUAUUUCCAUGCUGCUAUUAUUCAGCACCUCAGGCAGACAAUUAGGUUAUUACCCAAAAAAAGUCUGGGAACUAAUGUCCCUUUCGUAUAUGCAGUUCUUUUGUCAAGAGAAUAAAUUUCACAGGUCAUUAUUGUUUUGUAUUUUUUUUUUGUUUGUUAAAUUAUUCGUUUAAUUUCAUGGUUCAGAAAGCGCAAUUCACACUUAGGCCUAUUUUAUAUACUAUUUAUAAUAUUAUAAUAUACUCUUAAAUAGAUACUUAGAUAUUGUUGUAUUUUAAGUGCUAAAAAAACACCUUAAUUUUUAAAAUUAUAAUAAUAACUGUCAUCAUAAUAUUUAUGAGAUAAAUUGCAAGACUUAAGUCUACUGGUUGUUAAAUCUCAACUACUAGUUUUAUGUUUGCAGUAAAACAGUAAGUCAUCAAUGGUUGAUAUUUUAUGUAUGAUGAUAUAAAUAUAUUUAUUAAUAUCUAAUUCUGAUCUUAAUUCAUAUUUUAAUUUUCAAAACCAUUUUGGUUUCAGUGUUUUAUGUUAUUUAUUGUGUUAGUUUUAAGAGCAUGUAAAAAAUUUGACACUGAUUUUACAUUUUUAAGGGUCUAUAAAACUUAUUACAUACUUUUUUUUUAUUAGUUUUUUUUUUCAAGAGCAUAAAUAAAAUAUAUUAUUUUCAUAAUUAUGUGUGGGAAAGUCCAUAAACUAAGGCAUAAUAAAUGUGUGGAAAAUUCACUUAUAAUGAAAAAGUAUUCUAGUUUUUGAAUCCAAUUAUAUUUUCUAAAACAAAAAUCUUUUUUUUUACUUAACACGUUUAUUAAAAAAAAAAAAUCUUGGCCUAUAAUUAUAGCUAAUGUCAUAGUAUAAAUUCAUAGACUGCUUGUAUUAACUACCUAGUUUGAUUACUUAGAAUACGAGAUAUUACCAACCCUUGUUAAACUUGUCAAAUUUAAUUUAAGCUAACAAUAAUUAAUAGUA